AAGACAAAGAAUUUAGAAAAAGUUUUGUUUGUCUUAUUUACCUGCAUAAGAUUGCACUUGAUGGAUACAAAAAAGCUGAUAAAGAAGUUAAAAGUUUAAAAAUAGAGAGGAAUGAAUUGAGUGAAAGCAACAAUCAAUUAAAAGAAAAGAAUACUAUUUUAGAAAAGAACAUUGAAAAUUUAGAAGUGGAACAAAAGAAACUAGAAGCAACAGUGUCAGAAAUCACUGAACAAAAAGAUGCUGAUUUAGCAAAGGCUUAUCAGCGGGUGAAGGAGUUAGAAGAUAUUUUACUAGUCAAGAAUAGCCAAAUCAAGAACCUUAAAGAAA